AGGAAGGAAGGAAGGAAGUAGGUUGGCUGGGAAGAAUGGGGAGUUGCGGCCGGAGCAGUCUGAGCUUCUUUAUAGCUUCAAGGCCGUUUCAUCUCCGGCACCAGUCAAGUGACCGUCUCUUGCCUUCUCUUGGCUUAACUCAUCUCAACCUCAAGCGCAAGCUGUCUCUCUCCAUCACUUCAUUUUCCUCCAAGAUUCUGUCUCCUCCUCCUCUCUCGGACAAGGACAAGAGAAGUAAUGCCCUGCCGCGUGGGGCAGGAGAAGGAGUUAAAGAAGAUGCGAGGAGUAAGCUUCUUCAAGUAGUAUUGGUCUCUCCCCAGAUUCCUGGAAACACAGGUUGCAUUGCAAGAACAUGUGCAGCUUCAGCUGUUGGUCUGCAUUUAGUUGGGCCAUUAGGUUUUCAAGUGGAUGACGCCAAAGUAAAGCGAGCUGGUUUGGACUAUUGGCCCUUUGUGGUUGUCAAAGCGCACAGCUCAUGGGCUGAGUUUCAAGAAUAUUUCAGGCAACAGGAGGGAGAGAAACGGAUGAUAGCUUUCACCAAAAGAGGAACAAAGAUACAUUCAGAAUUUUCUUACAGAAGAGGAGAUUACCUCUUGUUUGGUUCAGAGACAAGUGGUCUACCUCCUGAAGCGCUAUCAGACUGCAAAAACACCCAGCUCACUAUUUGUACCAUCGCCAUUAUAGCCACAUACCACUUUCUUAUUUCUCCCAUUCUCAUGAUGAAGAUGACUUAUGAUGGUGAUGAUGGCUUUAUAAAGGCCUGAAGAGGUAAAGAGGAAGAAGAAGGAUACGGAGAUUUAAAGAAGCUUUGUGGGUUUUAGAGGGGUUUAGGCCUAGUAGUGCCUACAACAUAGGCAAGGGUGUUGCUUAUGGGACAAGUGAAGUUAUUUUCUUUACCAAUCUAUCAGCUCUUGCCGUUUCUUUUCUCUCAGGUUUUUUUAAUCUUUGGGAUUCUACAACUCAUUAAUUGAAUCUCUUUCCUCUACAUGAAGUAAAUGUUUGAGUCAGAAAUCAGAAGAAAACAGAUAAAAAUAAGAGUGAGAGAGAGACUUUCCUA